CGGGUGAUACAAACCAAUAAAUACAAUAUACUCCGUACAAAGAAUAUAUGCUUAUGCUAACACCAGCCGCUGUUUGUCGUUGCAGGUCGUCCCAGCGCCACCCGUAUUGCCGUCGAUGUCCGUCGACUACAAAUUCUCCCGCAACCAUUUGUUCUUCGGCGGCUACCACGCUGCGUCCAUACGCCGGCCGGCCUACUGCUCUGUCUACCAGCGUCAAUUUUUCAACCGAUUGAAAGAUUUACUGGAUUUCAAUUUCUACUUGAGCCGCAGCGCAGUAGUUUUGCCCAGCCGCAGCGCAGUAGUUUUGCCCAGCCGCAAUAGGAUUUUGAUCUGAUGUUGAAAAAUGUAUCAAUCAUGAAUCAUGAUUAAACCCCAAUUUGACAACAUUAUCAAAGUUGCUUGUUCAUACUCUGUAUAAUGGUACAGAGUUUCUGAAUCACUCGUUACGUUAGUUUUAUCAGGA